GUGGCGGCAUCAGGGUCUGGCGGGGCAGAGCUAAUUGAAAGACUCCCGUUAAUUGGGCUCCGGCUGACAGGUUGAGUGGGGGAGGGUUGGCUCGGAGCCAGCUGUGCACCAAGCAGCUCCCCCCCUCACCCAACAGGGACUGGGAGGGGCCGGGAGACUCAGCCCCCCUCCGUCGCUCCCUGGAGCCCAGCUACUGUAGGAUCUGGCUCCGCAUGGCACCCAGUGAGCUUUCCCCUGACCUCUGCAGCCCCCCAUGCUGCCGAGAACCAUGGAACACUGCCUGUCUGCUACCCAUCUAAGGAGUCAAUACUGAGUGGGGUGGAGGUGGAGCAGGAACCCCAUAGUGGGCGGACCAGCGUGAUGCGACGGACUACGGUCCUGGCUCUGCUGGCCGUGGUGCUGGCCUACCUGGUGAGCGGUGCCUUCAUCUUCCGCCUGCUGGAGCAGCCCCAUGAAAGCCACCAGCAGGAGGCUCUGCAGGCUGCCCGUGAGCAGUUCCUACAGAGAUACCGCUGUGUGCCCAGCCAGGAGCUGGACCAACUCAUCCUGCAUGUCAGAGAUGCCAUGGGGGCUGGUGCUGACCCCACAGCCAACAGCACCAAUGGCACCAGCACCAACUGGGACAUGGGUAGCGCCUUCUUCUUCGCUGGCACCAUCAUCACCACCAUCGGAUUCGGUAAUAUAUCCCCCAAGACAGAGGGGGGACGUCUCUUCUGCAUCUUCUACGCUCUGGUUGGGAUCCCACUCUUCGGGAUGCUGCUGGCUGGGGUGGGUGACCACCUGGGCUUCUCACUGCGCCAGGCCAUUGGCAAGGUGGAGGACAUCUUCCUGAAAUGGCAGGUGAGUCCCACCAUUGUGCGGAUUCUCUCAGCCCUGCUCUUCAUCCUCAUUGGUUGCAUCCUCUUUGUCACCAUCCCCACCAUGGUGUUCCAGCGAGUGGAGGGCUGGACCCUGCUGGAGUCCAUUUACUUUGUGGUCAUCACCCUGACAACCAUUGGCUUUGGGGACUAUGUGGCAGGUGAUGGUGUGGGGGACAAACACCCCUGGUACAAGCCUCUGGUCUGGUUCUGGAUCCUGCUGGGCCUGGCCUACUUUGCUUCCAUCCUCACCAUGAUUGGCAACUGGCUGCGGGUGCUGUCCCGGCGCACACGGGCUGAGAUGGGAGGCCUCACUGCACAGGCUGCCAACUGGACAGGCAAUGUGACGGCCCAGCUGCGGGUGACGGGCAUGGGGCUGCCUGAGAAGCUUCAGAAGGUGGGGACGCUGAAGGGACACCCGCCUUCCCCGGCGCCCCUGGAACUGCCAUCUGCCACCUCCUCACCACCACCUCCCUUGCCGCACCCAGAGCCCUCCUCUCCCAGCACUGCCCUGCAGGUGGCACAGCUCAAUGCCCGCAACAUGGCCACCUCAGCAGGGGCUCUCCGCCCUAUAGACUAUGUGGGGGAGAACUUGGCCUUCAUUGAUGAGAGCUCUGACACCCAGAGCGAGGUGCCUAGUGAUGGGGGGCUGCAGGCCAAGCGCCCCCGCCGACUCCGCCGCCUGCGUACCCGCCACACCCAUGGCCAGCCCCCUGGUCUGCCCAUGGACCUGCUGAGCCGCACCCGCCACAAGGGUGAAGCGGUCUAGAGGGGAGUAGAGCAACCUCAACACAGAGACUGUCCCCCGCAGCAUGGUGCUAGCCAGGCUCCCAACAAUACAGAGACUACCCCGCCACUGUCAGCUGGACCUACCUGGCAUGGAGACAUCCUGUCCCCCAUGGUACCACCUAGGCCCCCUAACACAGAUCCCCAAUCCGUCCUGGUACCAACUGGACCACCCAGCAUGGAGACAGCCCAUCCCUGUGAUGCCAACUGCCAACCCAGCACUGAGACUGCCCCCCAGAACCAGCUGAGCAUCCCUGGCACAGGGACACCCCAUCCUCAGUGGUAUCACCUGACCUCCUUUCAAGGAGCUAACUGUUCCUCUGCAGCCAAGCCCUAUGAAGGCAUUUGUCCCUGUGCCCUUCCUGGUACCAGGAACCCCUCCAAUACAGGCAACCCCGCUGCACACAGACACUUAGUGCCCCCAGCUCAGAGACUAACUCCCUCCCCUGAAAUGUCUGGGAGCAGCUCUUGGGGACACCCUCAUUCCCCCAAAUCUGUGCCUCAUUUGCCUUGCAGGCUGCGUCCUUAACCCACCUAAAAGGGGGAGAGAUCAAACUGCCAAACGAUAUUCUGAACCUCCAACUCCUGCAGGGUGACCCUUGCCCAAAUCAUCCCCUACACUCAGAGUAGGGAGGAGUUUAUUAAACGUAGCAAGGGGUUAUGCUGUUCCCUGCUACCUCCCUCCUUGGUGUAUGUGUCUGUCUGUCCCACUGUCCCACUGUGUAUGUGUCUGUCCUGCCUCCUCCCCAAAACACACACACGUGCCUGUUUGAUUCUGUUCGAUGGAUGAUUUUUUGUUUGUUUUUUAUUUUCCAGAUUAAACCAAACUCUGAAUGAGA